GUAGUGGGAUGCAAAGUGGACAUGGAGCACCUAAGAGAGAUACCAACAGAUGAGGGAAAGGCAUUCGCCGACUUCUAUGGGGUGAAGUUCAUUGAGACGUCGGCCAAGACAGGUUACAAUGUGGAGGAGGCCUUUGCCAUGAUCGCCCAAGAAAUUUAUAGCAAAAUAGAAACUGGAGAAUUUAAAGUGGAGGACGGCUGGGAUGGAAUUAAGACUGGAUUUGCGCGUCCGAGAAGCAAUGUUCACCUGAUGGAGGCAGAACCUGAAGGAGGAGGCUGUUGCUAA